AUGUUGACUUUCAAACAGAGUGUUAUUCUUUUAGUCAGUAUCAUUACGAUACUUGCUAUUAUUGCUAUAAUCACUGGUCUUUCCCCACUUUAUUGGCCACGUGCAAAAACCUUAUCAAACAAAAAUAAUGCAUCAUUAAUACUCAUGGCAAAAAAAAUCAAUUCAUCAAAUUUAAAAACACAGAUGGUCACUCGACUCAAAAUAGUUACAAAGAAAAUUCUUGAAUUAACAACUGUUAAAGUUAACAGUACAUCGAUUAUAACGCCGAAUAUACUUUUAGCAAACACUACUAUCAUUUAA